UUGCGCCGCACUGUGCAUGGUUUUCAAGCCUCUGCGUGAUUGACAACAAAAAUCGGCGGUUUUUAUUAUCAAAAUUAGUAAAUUAAUAAAAUACUACAGCUAAACCGUUUACAAAAUCAUGGCAACAGGAGAUCUUGGUAACAACAUCCGCAAGUUGAAAAAAAGGCUCAAAGAAAUGAAAUAUGUAGAAGAAAUAGAUAUCACAGGUGUUAGUGAGGGUGCUCCAAAUGCUUUUUUGCCAGUCUACCACUACGCCUUCACCAGCUUCAGUCCAGCAGUUGCUGAGCUCAUCCUGGGCAAAGACAUUGAGCUAUAUGGAAAAUCUGAUGCCAGGUUCAUGGAAGCAAUAUAUAAGGUGUUGAGAGAUAUUUUUGCCUACAAACCACCCAUCACUAAGGAGCAGUUCUUUGGGAAAGGUUUUGUGGAACGCAAGAUUAUAAUGUGCACUGAGAUUCUUGACCUGGUGCAGAAAAAACAAUCCCAGCUCAACCCUGGCCCAAAGAAAACAACCAUGAAAACCAGUGUCAGACCAAAGUCUGCUCCAGAGGGACGUUUGUCCCAAGGUGUGUCUAAGAGAAAAUCACUGACUCAGAAUCAACAGGUCAUUAAUGAGCUGAUAACGCCCGCUGAAUCCCAGCCUGUGCGACAUGUCUCACAGGGGACCAGCCACACUGUGCCCGUACGCCAUGUUGCAGAAACUAACAACAGUUCAGAAAGGUCCAGCUUUGAGUCGGUUGGCAGUUACCAUUCGGAUCAACAGCCUACAGAAGUGGUGUCAAAAGUCACGUUCAGCUCUCCCAGGGAAGUGCACAUGUACUCUCCAGAGUCAUCAGCCAGUGGACAGGGUCUGGUCUCGGACCGUUUCCAGUUCAACAGUUGUCUCAACACGCCCAGCAUUAAGAGGGCUUGUCUUAAUUCUGUAGAGAUCAUCUCCAUGCCAAGAUAUCACGAUACACAAGAGCCGAGCAUCCUGGAGAUACAGGCCCCCUCCCACGACUCCAUUCUGAACGGCCCCGUGGCAUCACAGCAGGACCAGCUGCUGGAGGUCACCUCACAGGUGUCAGGACUGCAUGAGACAGUCACCAAACUUGUGACCAGCAUGCAUACCCAGAUGGAACUGAUGCAGAAGUCAGGAUUACUGGGGGAUUCGUCAGGGAAUAUAAACAUCAACAGCAGCAGCAACAACAGCAGUAUCCAGCUGGAAAAAGUGCUGUCCCAGCUGAGCACGCUGGCAGCCAGAAUGACCUUACUGGAGAACAGAGUCUCCAUCAUUGAGUCAAAAUUAGACACAGGGAGCAGAGCAGGUGCACCAAAUACCCAGAUCCAACCCUCAGGAAAAUCUUACCCUGUCAACUCGAUCCAUGUGCCAGAUUCCCAUCUCUUGGCGGACUCUAACCAGUCCGAAAUAGCUACCUGGACCUCAAAAUCUCUUAAAUCUUUGGAUCCACCUGAGAUGCGGCCACUAUUUGAUGGACCUGGAUCAUCCUUUGCUGAAGAGCUUCGUUUGAUGCCAACCAGCAAACGAGUCGACUCACUCAAAUCAACGGAAAUGGCCCUGAUCUUCUCGCCGAUCCGGAAACUGCAGAACGUGUUUGAGGGACAGCUGAUGUCCGGAAACGAGGACACAUUUGUUGCCUUGGAAACGGAAGACGACGCAAGGCGUUCAAGCACACCAACAUUUAGAGAAACGUUUGAGGAUGAGAGUACUCUGAAGUUUAAUUGCUCUGAUGUCAACACAAAGGCUACAGCUGUUCGAAUAAAUAACAUGCUAAAAGAAACAAUGAAAGAGAUCAACAAAGUGAAAGCACCUGAGGAAGUUCAAGCUCAGCAGUUUAUUUGAAACAUCCAAAUUAAAAGAAUAAGGGUAAAAAAAACAUGUGAACUGAAAGUAGACACCAAAACCAAGUGUUGUACAAUAAUCAGGCAAACAUCUGUUAUCAGGGUGCGAUGGGAAACAUGUCAGGAUAUGGAAUUGUACUGCAAUACAUAUAUAUGUUUUACAUAUAACAAUUUGUGGUGUGUUGUAGGCCAUAUUUAAAAUUCUCCUUUUUUCUUUUUUGUGAAAAAUAAAUGUAUUAAAAGUAGCUGAUCCCUGAUUGGCAUAUUAACAAUUUUCAUUAUAUUUUAUUAUAGUAGAAUAAGGAAUAUGUAUUAUAAAUACAAACACGUGAAAUAUCACUAUUUACUGAAAAACCUGGACAGGUUGUGUUGGUAAUAGACGUAAAAUCAUAAGAUUCAAAUAUGUGGUGUAAGUCAUAUAUAUUAAAUACUAUUCCACUAAAACUCAGGCAGAGUCUUUGAGUGGGUAGAGGAAAAGAUUAUAUCUCUGCUGUCAUAGAAUUUAGUUCUGACAAAGAAUGUUGGAGUCUAAACAAUCAUGUCCUUCAUUUUGUGUAUAACUAUUUGCACAUUAUCUUGACCUUGUAAAAAUUGUUUCUUUAUAUGAGUUAAGAUCAUUCUGUAAACAAUUUUUUUAAUUAUCGCAACUUGAGUUUAAAUAUGUAGUAUGUUUAAAGAUAGAUAUAUAUUUGUAAAUCUUUUCACAGUAAACAAAUGAUGAGUUUUCUUAGUACCUUUAAUUGUUAUGUUGUCUUAUGUUUAUGUACGCAAAGUGAUUUAUGGACAUUAGGCAAAUGUAACAUACAGAUUUAGAUAUUUGGCUGAACAAAUGGUCCAAUUUUGUAUAUUUACCCUUCCCUUCCUUUUUAGGUUUUGUAAAUAUUUGUCUUUAAUGUAUAUGUUGUAUAUUUAUAAAUUAUAUGAUGGUUGUAAAAAUAAAAAAGUACUUGCAAUAAUAAACAUUUAUGUAUU